CGGGGCUCUUCCACUGAAUAAAUUCCUUGAGCCAAAUUAUUACAUGCCGAUAGCUGUCACUAAACUACUAGUUGGUCAGUAGAAUACGCUUUAGGACUCAGCAGGUUGUACAAAUGGCUGAUUUGCUUUUUCAUAUCGUGUACCUCUUGCGCUAUCGCCACUGCACUGUAGAUCUUGUAGAUCGAUGCUGAUACAGGCAUGUCUUGCAUACUUGUUUCACUCUCCUGCUGCUAAUAGUAAUCUCGUCAACAAGCUAUCUCCCGGGAACACAGUCACCGAUGCAAGGGAAUUCUCCGUCUGGAAGGAGAUAGGCUAUUGCUCCAAUGAUCGCCGUAACUAGUGGUAUGCUGUGUUCGUAACAGCAUGGCGACUGACGCUGCUGCUGCUGCUGCUGGUGGUAGUGGUUAGGUUCCAGCAAGUCCAGCUCUCUGGGUCGGUCACUCUUGUCUCUUCAGACAUCACAAUGGAACCGACAAAGGAAGGUGAUGUUUGCACUGUGGUCCAAGCAGCCCCGAGUGAUUACGAGAAAUGUGAUGAUUCCCAGACGCUUGUCGACAGCGAAGACUCGUCAUCUUUUCCGGAAGGAGGAUGGCGAGCCUGGUUAGUAGUCUUGGGCGCAUGGUGCGCCAUCUUCCCAACGAUGGGGAUAAUGAAUCUGUACGGGUUGUUAGAAGACUGGCUGGCGGAACACCAGCUACAUGGAUAUUCAAAAGCAUCAAUCUCGUGGAUAUUCAGCUUGUGGUUAUUUUUCUUUUAUCUUGGUGGCAUCCAGAUCGGGCCUAUAUUUGAUGCACAUGGUGUCAGGUACCUCCUCGUACCUGGCUGCUUUGGCAUGACCUUGUCGAUGAUGUUCCUCAGCGUCUCCCACGCAUACUACCAAUUCAUCUUGGGAUUUAGCAUCCUAGGUGGGCUCUCCGCGUCAGCAGUGUACACACCCAGUGCUGCGUGCAUCACGCACUGGUUCCUCAAAAGACGUGGUCUGGCGACCGGGAUCGCAACGACAGGGGGAGGCAUUGGAGGAAUCAUCUUCACUAAUGUGUUCGGAAUCCUGAGCAAUAAGAUAGGAUUCCCCUGGACUAUUCGCAUCCUGGGGUUUAUAUUCCUCGCUAGCCUAAUGGUCAGCCUGCUUACUCUCGAAGCACGACUCCCACCUAGUCCAUCGGCAGGGAGCAAGAUCGACAUUCGCGCGCUCAAAGAGCCCGUCUUCACCAUGACUUCCAUCGCUGUCAUUUUCGCUGAAAUCGGCCUGAUAGUGCUAGUCACUUAUUAUCCGUCCUAUGCACAAUCACACGGCAUCACUGGCGCCCUCUCCUACCAGCUCAUGACGAUCAUGAGCGCAACUUCUAUCUUCGGCCGCGUCAUUCCGGGAGUUUUAGCGGAUAUAUGGGGCCGCUUCAACGUUAUGCUUGGAACCUGUGCUAUAUGUACUAUUCUGACCUUUGGGCUGUGGUUCACAGCAGGCACCGACAGGGCAUGCAUCCUGGCUUUCGCGGCAUUAAUCGGGUUCUGGAGCGGACCGGCGAUAAGUCUGACACCCGUCUGCGUGGCUCAAAUCUCCAAAACUGAGAGCUAUGGCAGAAGAUUCGGAACAACAAUCGCACUGAUGGCGUUCGCCUUGUUAGUUGCCAUUCCUGUGGCUGGUGAGAUCUUGAAAAGGCAGAAUCGGGGGACAGUAGAGACGGAGUAUUCCGGGUUGAUUGGGUUCUGUGGCGCGGCGUAUGCUGGAGCUUGCCUGUUUCUGUUUCUGGCCAAAGGGGCCAGUGUUGGCUGGCGGGUGACCAAAGUAUUUUGA